GGGUAACUUUAGGCGACGAACAGGAGUGGUGUGGUAGUGCUGUACUAUCACAAAUCCUAAUGUUAUAGUACUGUUGUGUCAAUAAUGUUUAAUCUGUCUCGGUCGUCCGGAGAUGGACCCAUGUCGUUAUCCUCCAAGCUACGCCGUUUACACCCCAAGUAAUAUAUAAUCUGCAGCCAUUUCUUCUUUUCCAUAGUGCGUAUCGCUAUAUUAUAGUGAUGCUUCUCGGAAGCUGUGCCACCGAGAUUGAAACCACGAUGGCUAAGAGAUGAUCUUCCCCGCAUUAUGCCUUUUAAGAAUAAAGCAGGCCCAUCGGCAUCGGUGAGGCUCGCACCUGGCAUAGGGACCUGACUACGCAGUGCUGAGACAUCAUGUGGAUUUCCAAGUCGUGGGCUGUUUCAUUGUGCUGCUUGAGUAGCUUCGUGUCAGCUACUAUCCUACAAAAUGGUCAAGUCCGAGUGACUGAUUAUCCUAACACUGUCACGGAGGCGAGCUCCCAUAAUUGGAGAACUUAUCCUGCUAAUGCAGCUGAAUUAAGUUAUAAGGGACGCUGGGACGAUGAUCAUAUCUCCUGGUGGUCUGUACCUGGUUUAAAAUUCGGAUUUACCGGAAAAGAGGUUGCAAUUACCUUUGGGCCUCAUACGUCGAACGGAGUGCUUGUUGCAUAUCGGAUCAAUGGCGAGGACUGGCAGUUCAGCAACAUCACCACCAAUGCCACCCAUCUUCUCAUUUCGCCAAGCACAGAGGGAGUCGACCUGACUUCCCCAAUCAGCCCGUCUACGUUUGAGCUCCGCGUCACAAACUGGGCAUAUGGCGUGCAAGUCAAAUCAGUCCACGUAGCGGCUGGCGCCUCCCUCAUCAAGUUGAAAGACUACAACCGCAGGAUCGAGGUUAUCGGCGACUCGCUUUCCUCAGGCAUGUACGGCACUUAUGAAGGCCUGUCUUCCUACGCCUAUGGUCUAGCUGCCGGCCUCGGCGACACGGAGUACUCGGUCACGGCUUACCCUGGAAUCUGCGUCACGGACCAGGAGUGCUGGGGAAACCCUCGUGGACAGACAUACCAAUGGUAUCGCACGUCAGAUACCGGCGGACGAGCAACUAACAUCUACGGAACCAACCCGCCGCUCUGGGACUUCUCGAAGCAUCCAGCUGCGGACAUCGUCGUGAUCAAUCUCGGCACAAAUGAUAACAACACCGCCAACAAUGUCACCAAUGAAGACUACUACAACAGCUAUAUCGAGCUUGUCGAGGGCGUGCACAACGUGUGGCCAAAAGCCCAGAUUAUCAUAAGCGCCCUCUGGAACGGCUUCGGCAAGUCCGGCAACACCUACAUCCAAGGCCCCGCCUUUGUCACCGAGAUCUGGGACGUAUACAAGCACUUCAACAGCGCCUCAUACCUCUCGAGCCAACACACCUGUCCGCCCCGCAACCCCCUAAAAUGGUGGCUGCCGCCCUGUAAGCCGGGCCGCCCUAAUGCGCCCUUCGUGCACUACUUCAACACGACUGGGAUCCUGCAGCAUAAUGAUAUUGGGCCGCUGUGGCACCCGACGGAUGUGGGGUAUAUUAAGGUUGCGAGUCAUCUUAUGCAGUAUAUUAAUCUUAAGUUUGGGUGGGAGUUGAGGGCGACGGGGCCGGAGGUGUUUCAUGAUACGCUGUAUUGGAAUGACCAGGAUAGCUAUUAGAGGUAUGACGGCGUAUGGAUACUAUAAGUUGGAC